AUGUCAAAGAAUAGCAAGCAAAAAGUGCAAGUGAAAUUAAACGAAUUGGAAUGGAAAACUGUUCCAAUCACUGAUACAUUAGAUGAUUUUGGAGGGUUUUAUGGAUUAGAAGAAAUUGAUGGUGUUGAUGUUAAAAUUGUAAACGGUCAAGCUCAAUUUUUUACCGUUGAUAAUCAGAUUAAAAAGGAAACGUUAGAUGAUAAAGCUGAAACGUUAACUGCUGAUCUAGAUACUGAAGAAAAAAUUGAAGACGCUGAGGCAGUUCCAUAUGAUGAAGGUGACUUAAUAGAAUUUAAGAAUCUAGACGAUAUAAGUGAAGGUGAAUUAAGUGUAGCAGAUGGAUCUGACGAUGAAUUUGGUUCUGAAUUCGACGAAGAAGAAAAGGCCAUAUUGGGUAGUAAAGUUGAAAACAACGACGAUAACAAAGAAACACAGGAUGAAUUGAAAACAAAUGUUUUUAAUGCUAGUCUCGAUUUAGACGAUGUAGUUUCUUCUUCUGAGUUACCAGAAUGGGAAAAAGUUGGGAAUUUAUCUAUGACUGUGUUGCAAGGUUUGUCAAAAUUAGGUUUUGUUAAACCAACAGAGAUUCAAGCAAAGACGGUCCCACUAGGAUUAGAAGGUCAUGAUAUAAUGGGUAAAGCUUCCACUGGUUCUGGUAAGACAUUGGCGUAUGGUAUUCCAAUCUUGGAAAAGUUAGUUCAAUCACAAGCUACAAAGAACAACGAUCCAAUUGGUCUUAUUUUCACCCCAACAAGAGAAUUGGCCCAACAAGUCUCACAACAUUUACAAAAGAUUACUGAAUUAAUUUUGAACGAUCAUAACAAAUAUUCUAUCUUAUCCUUGACUGGUGGUUUAUCCAUCCAAAAACAAGAAAGAUUAUUAAAGUAUGAUGGUAGUGGGAAGAUCGUCAUUGCAACCCCUGGUAGAUUUUUAGAAUUAUUAGAAAAGAAUACAUCAUUACUAGAAAGAUUCUGUAAAAUUGAUACUUUAGUUCUAGAUGAAGCAGAUAGAUUAUUACAGGAUGGUCAUUUUGAAGAAUUUGAAAAAAUUAUUAAAUUGUUGAGAUCAUACCGUAAGAAGAGUAACAAAUCUCAAUUUUGGCAAACAAUGAUCUUUUCUGCAACAUUCUCUAUUGAUUUGUUUAACAAGUUAGGUUCUGCUAACCAUCAUAAGAAGAAAAAUGAAAAGGAAGACGAACUACAAUUAGUCUUGAAGCAUUUAAUGACAAAAAUACAUUUCAAAUCAAAGCCAAUUAUUAUUGAUACAAAUCCAGAGUCAAGGAUUAGUUCACAAAUUAAAGAGGCAUUGAUUGAAUGUGCGCCAUUAGAACGUGAUUUAUUUGUAUAUUACUUCAUCACAAUGUAUCCAGGUACAACUUUAGUCUUUUGUAAUGCUAUUGAAUCUGUGAAGAAAUUAAACGCAUUUUUAAACCAAUUGAAGAUUAAUACAUUCCAAAUUCAUUCAUCAAUGACACAAAAGAACCGUUUAAAGAACUUGGAAAAGUUCAAAGAAAAGGCCAAUUUUAAUUCCAAGAUUAAUAAGGCUACUGUUUUAAUUGCGAGUGAUGUUGCAGCAAGAGGUUUAGAUAUUCCACAAAUUGAGCAUGUUAUUCAUUAUCAUUUACCUCGUACAGCUGAUGUCUAUAUCCAUAGAUCAGGUAGAACAGCUCGUGCCUCAAAUGAAGGUGUUGCUGUUGUAUUAUGUUCACCACAAGAAUCUGUCGGUCCGUUAAGAAGAUUGAGAAAAAUGUUGGCCUCGGAUGAUGUAAGAGUUAAGAGUAAAGGUAAGAAAAUGAAAUGGCAAAAAACUAUUCCGUUAUUACCUAUUGAAUCGGAUAUUCUUGCACAGUUGAAAGACCGUAGUACAUUAGCAUCUGAACUGGCAGAUAAUGAAAUUGCUUCUAAUUCAUUACAUAAGGAUGAUAAUUGGUUGGCUAAAGCUGCUGAAGACUUAGGGAUUGAUGUAGAUUCGGACGAUGAAAACAAAGAUGUUUAUUUGGCGAAGAAUAAGACAAAGAAAUUGAAUAAAACAAUCAGUAAAGAUCAAGCUAAAUUUGAUAGAAUGAAAUUGAAUGAAUUAUUAUCAAUUCAAUUGCGUAAAGAUAGAAGACAGAAAUAUUUGACUGGUGGUCUAGUUAACCUAGCGGAUCAUUUAGUUAAGAAAAGAGGUCACAAUGAUAUUAUUGGUCAUGAAAAGAUUGAUGCUUUGGAACUUCUAAAGAAUAAAAAGAAAAGAAAGUAA